UCUGUCAUUUUCCAAUGUGUAGUCUUUAAGCACUGUUUAAAUCAAGUUUAAAAUCCAUAUCGAGGAUCGACGAUUCGUUCUCACGCGUAAAACGCUUUGAUUUUUUGCAAUUGUUUUGACUUGUUCCAAGGUAUCUGCUAAACUUCUGGCAUGAUAGACUCGCAGGAUGUCAGCGAAGAAGAAUUGAAAGUAUUGAAGGGCGAUGCCGUGGGUAACAGCCUCUGCAGCAGUAGCUGGAUAAUAAAGACUUUAAUGUCUUUAAGUCAGAUUGAUGAACAUGGCUGGACAGAGGAGUUGGAAGAUCAGCUCUGUACUCUAUGGGAUCUAAGUAUGGAAGGAGAAGUUGUAUCGCAUCUUAUGUUAUAUGAUUUUCCUAAGAUAGCAAAGACUGUACUGAUGACUUCUAAUGAACCACGAUUGACUGAGAUAAUUUUAGGUAUCAUCGGCAAUGUAUGCUGCAACGAUGAAGCCAUCGAUACAAUAGGUAGUGACAGGGAACUAGCUAAACAAAUUCUGUGUUAUUUAGUAUCCAGUGACUCGUUAAUAUUGAUACAACUCAUCAGGAUCUUGCAAUUAGUCGUAUGGAAAAUUCGACAAAAUCCCCAAUCAGAUUGGAUGGCUCAUUUUAUGGAAUGCCAAUUUUUCGGACAUUGUAUAUCCUUUAUGCUAAAAAGUUCAACCAUUGAUAACUUGUUAAUAGCAGUAAUGAAUCUACUGGAAUCCUUGUCUCAAACAAGUCUGCCAUCUGAGAAUAAUCUUUUGGAGAAAUUGUUUAAGAUAAACGAUUUGGUUCCUGCCUUGUUGGAAUCGUUCCAGCAGGUAAUACCUGUGGAAAAAUCAAGUUACUCCGAAUUGACAUUUGUGCAACAUUGGCUGGCAGUAUUGAUUGCCAUAAUGAAGUCUGGCUCGCUUAAAUUCGAAAACUGCGAAAACGACGAGAGGCUUUCGAAGCUGAUGGAGAUUAUGUAUAGGAUAUUAAGACCUUGUAGGAAGAUAUAUAACUUAUAUCCGAUCCGGCAGUCAAGAGCCAACAUGAUCUGCGAUGCUGUACGCGUAUUGUUGGGUUUUCGUCGUUGCGACGUGAAUGUCCCGCCUAAAAUAGAUUGUAUUAUCGCGAUUAUGAUGUUCUCCCUUAAAACGGAAUCAAAUCCCCCUAAAGAGGGAGAAAGAGCGCAAGAAAAGAGCAGAGAAGAACUAGAUCCCGAGAAGUUGAUUCCCGACCUUUUAGAUUAUCUACAUAAAUACUGGCUGCAAAUUACUGAACUCUGUACUAGCGAACAGAUCGCGGAAAUAUUCUGUCUAUGUGACUGCAAGGUUCGUGAAUCACUAAUGAGUCUUAUGUGUGUACCUGAGUUUAAAGUGACACCUGAAGUGCUUGAUAAAGUGAAGAAAGCUGCUGCUGCUGCUGCUGUCGAAAAAUGUUGAAAGAAGAUAUUUUUUAAUGUAUAUAUUAAAUAUAAAUUUUAAAAAAAUUGUAUAUGAAAA